AUGGAGAUUGUGAACGAAACACAGUCCAUCAAUUUGAGUGAUAUCUACAUGACCGCGACUGUAAGCAGUGAAACAAAUUAUACGUCGUCAGUUCUUAGCGGUGAAAACUCUGCAUCGAUCUCCUCCACACCUCCUCUUCCAUCCAAUUGCUACCGCGUAUGUGUGUGUAACCAUUCCACAGGCAAGUAUCGUUAAUGUUUGUACAAUCUUCUUACGAUUAAAGGAUAACUGUAACUGGAAACAGAGGAUAUUUACUUCUCCACAAAAAUAGAAGGUGAAUAUCUGUAAUUCUUGAAGGAAAAGUAUGGAGAUGAGUCUGGAGAAUUCGAAUGUGCAUACUGGGGCUUAAGAGAAAAAUAGACAAAAGGAAUUUUGACGACGGUAACUAGUUGCGUUCGCACAAUCCUCGACUCUUUUCCUGCUAAUGUUAUUCUGCUCAACUAGAAAACUGACGAACUACUGUAGACCUGUACUGGAAAUAAUUAAUGACAUGUUAAGCCCAAUUUGUAUAUAUAUAAAUAAAUGUACUUACUUGUCACUUCCUUUACAUUUUACAGUGUAUUAUUCGACAUCGAUGGAUUACAACAUGUCAGAAAGCUCUUCUUAUGGAAUCAACAUGACACAGAGCUAUAAUAUGACGCAGAGCCAUAGUAUGUCCCACAACUACAACAUGUCCACUCUGUCAGUCAAUUUGAUCUCAUCUGACGUAAGCAUGAACCCAACACCUUCAAGCGUGAAUAUGUCGUACACAGCAAGUGUCAAUGCCACAACAGCAAACUAUAGCUCUUCCGUCUGGCCGACACCAAGUUCGUCUGUUUCCGAGCCUUNAGAAAACUGACGAACUACUGUAGACCUGUACUGGAAAUAAUUAAUGACAUGUUAAGCCCAAUUUGUAUAUAUAUAAAUAAAUGUACUUACUUGUCACUUCCUUUACAUUUUACAGUGUAUUAUUCGACAUCGAUGGAUUACAACAUGUCAGAAAGCUCUUCUUAUGGAAUCAACAUGACACAGAGCUAUAAUAUGACGCAGAGCCAUAGUAUGUCCCACAACUACAACAUGUCCACUCUGUCAGUCAAUUUGAUCUCAUCUGACGUAAGCAUGAACCCAACACCUUCAAGCGUGAAUAUGUCGUACACAGCAAGUGUCAAUGCCACAACAGCAAACUAUAGCUCUUCCGUCUGGCCGACACCAAGUUCGUCUGUUUCCGAGCCUUUUGUUUGUUCG